CUGCGGGACACGAGUGCACCGAAGGGUCCGUUUGUCUUACACGACGGCCCGCCCUAUGCCAACGGUUCCCUCCAUUUCGGUCACGCCAUCAAUAAAGUGUUCCUCAAAGACAUGAUAUGUCGGCGAAAGUUAUUGGAAGGCUUUGAGGUGUCGUACCUCCCGGGCUGGGACUGUCACGGACUGCCCAUUGAACUGAAAGCCGUCUCCAAAGACGCGCAGAUAACAGACGCCAUUGAGAUACGAAAGAAAGCCAAACAAUUGGCACUUAAUGUGAUCGAUGAGCAUAAGACUUGUUUCAGAAAUUGGCAAAUACUAGGCGAUUGGGACCACCCUUAUCUCACUUUUCAUUCAAAUUAUAUAACCAAUCAAUUGAAGGCAUUCCACACUCUGUUAGAAAGUGGUCUUGUCUUCCGCUCCCAUUCGCCGGUCUAUUGGACUCCUUCUGGACGGACGGCUUUGGCCGAAGCAGAGCUUCAAUACAAUGACAAACACGUCUCGCAAUCAGUUUUUGUCAAAUUCAACAUCACAUCAGUUCCGGACAUUCUUCACAAAUAUAGUGAUAUAUCGGCUCUCAUUUGGACGACCACUCCCUGGACUUUACCCGCAAAUCAAGCCAUUGCUUACUCACCAAAUAUAGACUAUUGUGUGGUUAUUAUCAAUCAAUUAUGUGAUGAAAAUCUUUUAGUGGCAAAGGAUUUGAUUCCUUCUUUGGAAGAAGAAUUUAAGUCUAAAAUUGUGAUCAAAGAAGUGAUUAAUGGAUCAAAUUUGAAGGGAAUUACAUAUAAGAAUCCCAUUUCAUUAAAUGACGAAAUUCUACCAUUUCUUGAGAGUCAAUACGUGACCACAACUAAAGGGACCGGUUUAGUGCAUACGGCACCCAACCAUGGAGUGGAUGACUAUAAACUAAUCACCAAAAAUAAUAUUCCAUUGAAAGAGUGUAUUGUCGAUGAGAAGGGCUGUUUUGUCUCCACUUCUAAUCCAUUAUUAGAUAAU